GUCACCAGCGAGAAGCUGUGCCGGGCCCAGCAGGAGCUGCACUUCCAGGCAGCCACCUACCUCUGCCUGCUCCGCAGUGUCCGGGAGCACACGGCCCUUCACCAGGAGUACCACGGCAAGGGCGAGCGCUCGCCUGAGGAGGUCGCCGGCCUAGUGGGCUUCAGGUUGCCUCAGCAGCCAGGAGGGAAGGGUUAA